AUGAAAUAUGAACUUGAAGAUACACCCAAUUUAAUCAACACUGUUAUGAUUAUUUCAUACUUUUGUUUACUGUUUAUAAUUAGCCCUGUGAGUGUAUCUAAAGCCCACAACUCUUUAUCUUCUUCAGCUCUUAAUUUGUCAAGCACUCAUUACACACUCAACUCAAGUAGAGCUUUUUCUUCGUUUUCACACAACUUAAACCCAUCUUCUUCAAGUGGAGUCUUCACUCAUAAACUUCACUGGUUUCUGCCUUGUUUUUAUCGCAGCUUUUUCAAUCUGCUCAAUGUAGUUUCAUCACCUUACUGCCUUUCACCCUCCAGGCCCAUCAGUACUCUUAAGAGGCGCAAGUUUAAGAUUAAGAAGCACAAGAAGAAGAAGCGGAUGAAGCGCAUGUCCAAGCUGAACGUGAUUGUCGUUCGGGCUCCCUCUGACGAGAAACCGCCCUUCCGGUGCCCUGCCAAGGUCAGGAGGAUCGUCAAGGAGCGCAGGGCUAGGAACAAGGGCAACCGCACUCUGCGCGCUCCUAGGCAGCGUUAA